UCCGCGCCAAAACGAUGAUGUCUUUUGGAAGUAAAAGAAAACAAUUAUAGCCACGUUAAUUGAAAAUCUUCAAGUACAUCUCAAUUCGGUUUUGUCAAUAUGGCGACCAUUUUCAAACGAAGUGGCGCAGCCGUUAUAGCAGCAGUUUUGGCUUUUAUAGCGUUUGUGAUGAUCGUAGCUGCGUUGCUUUCUGAAUACUGGGUUAUGGCGAACCUCGAACGUCGCGUCGGCAAUUCGACACAGACAGGAGGAUCGAAACAUUUUGGAAUGUUUAAAGGGGUAAGCAAGCAGGAUUUUGGACUAGGCGCUAGAGAAAGAGACUUUGAAGUCAAAGAUGAAUUUGAAGGUGUGGCUAAUGAUAAUGUAAUGUGGGCAACAGUGGGCUUCUGUAUUCUCAGUUUACUUGUCAUCUGCAUCAUGAUUGGACUUUCCUGUUAUAAUGAGUUUACCAAGCCAAACCUAACUAUCUGUGGUACUAUUGGGAUAUACAUUUGUUGUGGAGUUGCAUUUCUCUUUGUAAUGACAUCUGCCUGCCUGUUUGCUGCAUUAUUUGAACUUCAACUGAAGAAAAAUGUUCUACAGCCCCAAGAUCAAAGCCGUGGGUUCUCUUCCACCGACAAAGCUCAACUGGGAUAUUCUUUCUGGAUUUUAUUAGGUGCUGCUGGUGUUAUACUUAUCUGUCCAACAAUUAUUUUGAUGAAAAAGGUUCACUGCACGCAUUGCUUCAGAGCAAAAAAGCAUGAGAUAAGCACUGUAGAUGGAGUUAUGCUGUAUUAGUUUUGCACUCACAGUAUCAGUAAGUUAAACUUUAAAUAUUUACAGCCAAGGCCAAUGAAAAAACUAUUUCAGAUUUUGUGCAGUUUCUAUCUAACCCUGUGCCAAACUUAGAGAUACCAAAAAUUUUCCCAACCACAACAAAUCUAAAUACAUUUCCAUAUUAGUGUGCAUACAACUACAGAUGAAGAUGAAGACUGCAGAGAUUCAAUUUUAUCACUUAUUUUGAAUUUAUUUAUCACAUAAGAGUUUUAUAUAAUUUGUAAUUAAUAACAAGGUUUAUGGCCAGACAGGUUAAUUGAACCCUCUUUAACUUACAGCUGUAUAAUGAUACACAAUGUAUAGUCAAUAUGUAAAUUGGAUGUAAAAUAUAUUUUCCAUUUCAUGGGAUUUAUGGUUUACUAAGAGAGAGUAUUCAGCAAAUCAGCAGAUUAUGUUGAAUGAUUUGACAAUCAACAGCAAUUGCAUUAUUUAAAAUGAAUAAACAAUUUAAUAUUUUAUUUAUGUUAUGUUUACCAUAAAAAAGCUUAGAUACUCUUUGGUAGGAAAUUAAAAGCUAUUUCACCUUAAAUGAAGCUUAGUCAGAAAAAUAGUGCACUGCAUGAUGCAGAAGAGAAGUGGGUAAUUUGGGGUAAUUUCCACUGCCCUGGAGGGUUUUUUAUAUAGAAAAAGAAACUCAGUAAAUAAAGACAUUCCUUGAG